UAAACAUGAUAUAAGAUCUUAAGUCUACUAAACAUUAUAACGCGAAUUUUUUUACUUUUGGCUGAGUAAGCUGAAUUCUCGAAGACUUGCUUCAGGGACCUUGUCAAGAUGCUCAGAAGUGGCCAGGCAGCUCUUUCUCCUGCUCUGAAUAGUGUUAGGAGAUCUGCUAGACGAAGCGGCAGCUCUAUUGUUUCAACUGAUGUAAAUGGUCACACCAGAACUCCUAAUUCCAACAAAAGAAAUUCUCUUGCCUCAAAGAGAAAGCUGGCAAAUGAUCUCCCCUCAUCUGAGGCAAAAGGGAAACGGCAAAGCAGAGCUCUUAAAGAUGCUCAAUCAGGCCCUUCUACACCUAAAAGAACUUCAACCAGACAAAAAAGUGUAUCUGAUGCACCACCAGCUAGAAAGUCUUUAGCUUCAACUGAGAGAAAAGCAGUGCCAGUGAAGAAAUUGUCUGAAAAAGAGCUUGAAAGUAAAUAUGAGAAACGUUUGGCCGAUUUAAGAGCACACCCAAACAAUAUCUGGGGAACGACUGAUGUGUUCAGAACAUUGUGUUCUAUUUUCGAACAUGCUCGGAAUGAAGCAAAUGCUGUUCGCUGGGCCAAGUAUAUGCGGGACCAAUUUCCCUUCUUCGGAAUGACUUUUCCUGAACGGAAGGCUCUAUGUACAGAUCUGUGGAGUGAUGUUGACAAACUGAGUUCAGCUGACCUGCGCACCUUAGUUUGUCAAACUUGGUAUUCACCUGAACGAGAGUUCCAAUACUUCACCGUUGAUUUGUUUGAGAAGUACAUAUUGCGCAUCUAUGCUGAUGACGUACAAGCUCAUUCAAGCUUACCAGUGCAGACUCUAGAUUUUGUGCAUCAGUUUGUAUCCUGUGGGAAAAGCUGGUGGGAUACAGUGGAUCCACUGUCCACUACUGUUGGAAAGCUAGUGCGCAAGUUUCCGGAGGAGCUUCUUCCUGUCAUGGAUAAGUGGAAUGUGUCCUCAUGUAGAUGGACGGUCAGAGUGUCUUUGAUUUACCAACUGCACUAUGGCAAAGAUACAGAUGAAGACAGACUGUUUAGGUAUUGCUUAAAGGUGGCCCAUGAGGAAGAAUUUUUCAUCCGAAAGGCCAUUGGCUGGGCUUUGAGACAACAUUUCAGGUUAAGUCCCGUGGCUGUCAGGGAGUUUGUGAAGAAAAACAAGAACAAAUUGUCCGCACUCAGCAUGAAGGAAGCACUAAAACAUGACGCUAAAAAAUGACUGUCUUGUUGAUGUGAAGAAUGCCGAUGUGCCAUAUUCGUGGAAACUUCUGGAAUUCCUGAGAGUUGAUGAUACAUUUUCUUUUGUUUCUUAUACAAAAGUCAUGUUUACUAUUUUGAAUAUUGUGUUGUUAUUAAUGCCAUGAGAAUGAGUACUUUAAAUUAUGGAGAGCCUGUAUGAACUUGAGUAGUUACCAUGGAUGCCAGUGUUUGAACAGCCCGGUUCCUGCAAACUGACUUCCUGAAUUCUUACAUUCCUGCAAACUUAUCACGCCAUUUCCGCCUCCUAAAACCAUCCCUUUCUAAAUAGAAAGUUUAAUAGAAACGAACAAAAUUAAUUUGUUAUGUUUCUGAACUAAUAAGGGCGGAGAGAAAAUGUCAAUAGAUACUUUUUAAAAAAUAAUGGAAUAAGAUAAAAGACAAAAAAA